AUGGCACCUCUUGCAAUCCCUGAAGUAGUUCUUGGCUCUUCCUCUGGCCAAAGGAAAAUGCCUGUGAUUGGGCUUGGCACAGCUCCUGAAUCUGGCAGUAAAGUUAGCACAAAAGAUGCAGUGCUUGAAGCCAUUAAACAAGGUUACAGGCACUUCGAUGCUGCCUCUGCUUAUGGGGUGGAACAGGCCUUAGGAGAAGCCAUUGCACAAGCACUUCAACUUGGACUCAUUGCUUCCAGAGACCAACUCUUCAUCACUUCUAAAAUUUGGGUCACUGACAAUCAUCCUCAACUCAUUGUUCCUGCUCUAAAGAAAUCACUAAGCACACUUCAGCUAGAAUACUUAGACCUUUAUCUCAUCCACUGGCCCAUAGCUGCCAAACCAGGCAAGGUUACCUAUCCCGUUGAACAAUCAGAGCUUGUCCCAUUUGACAUCACGGGUGUUUGGGCAUCUAUGGAGGAGUGCCAAAGACUUGGCCUCACCAAAGCCAUUGGAGUCAGCAACUUCUCCAUCAAGAAGCUUCAAAAUUUGCUAUCUUUUGCUACAAUCCCUCCUGCAGUGAAUCAAGUUGAAAUAAAUCUUGGGUGGCAACAAGAGAAGCUCAGAGAAUUCUGCAAGGCAAAUGGUGUUACCUUAACAGCUUUCUCACCUCUGAGGAAAGGUGCCAGCAGAGGAACCAAUUUAGUGAUGGACAAUGAUGUUCUCAAGGAAUUGGCAGAGGCUCACUCCAAAACUGUUGCUCAGGUAUGUCUUCGAUGGAUAUAUGAGCAAGGGGUGACUUUUGUUGUCAAAAGCUACGACAAGGAAAGGAUGAAACAAAACUUGCAAAUCUUUGAUUGGUCAUUGACAGAGGAUGAUUACAAGAAAAUAAGUGAAAUCUACCAAGAGAGACUCAUCAAAGGACCAACGAAGCCUCUUCUGGAUGAUCUGUGGGAUGAGGAUCAGCAGUGAAUGAAAUUUCAAGUUCAGUACUGAAUGCUGCAUGCUUUGAAUAAAGGAAUAGUAUCUUCCUUGUAAUGAAGCAAAACGUGGCUUGGGAU